AUGUCGCAUCAAAUGGCAUAUCUAGGCCACAGAGCCUUUAAUCAUGACCAAAGCCCAGAUGUAGAGGCAGAAUACGACCGUCUGCGCGAUGCUGCUCGACGCGAAGCUGCGCAGAGAUCCUCCUGUCUCGAGAGGUCUCGGCAGGCAUACGAGAACGGCGAUGGUCGGCUGGCGAAAGAACUGUCCGAGCAGGGCAAGGCGCAUGGCAGGAAGAUGGAGGAAUAUAACAAGCAGGCCUCGGAGUUCAUAUUUCGAGAGAAUAAUGCGCCUGGCCGCGUUGAUUCCGAUACCAUUGACCUCCAUGGCCAGUUUGUGGAGGAGGCAGAAGAUAUUUUGGAAGAGAGGAUAAAAUAUGCACGGCAGCAUGGCCAGACGCAUCUCCACGUGAUUGUCGGGAAGGGUAACCACUCCGUUAACCAUGUUCAAAAGAUCAAGCCUCGAGUGGAGCAAGUUUGCCGCAAUCUGGGCUUGCAGUAUGCAACUGAGGAUAAUGCUGGACGAAUCUAUGUCAAUCUGACGGGUGGACCAGCGCAUAUGCCCGCAACCCAUCCUCAACACGCGCCACACCAGCAACAGCCCCAUCAACCUAACCACCAACCCCAGCAAAAUGAUCAAAGACCUGACGAGCUUCAGCAAGUGGUUAAUAAGGUUGUUCCUCGCAUCAUUCGCAGAUUGGAGAAGGCUUGCUGCGUGGUUAUGUGA